AUGAGUAACGUCCAUAGUUUAAUCAAUAUCGACUGGGUCGUCUUCUUGACGAGGGAUGUAGUCGACGAUUUCGCCACUCACAUUCGGCUAUACAGAAAAUCCAAGGAAAGCUGCGAGAAAAUGCCGAAACUCGCGGGUGGCGUGAAGCCGAACGACAUCGAAAGGGUGUUCUUUGAAUUAGAGAACAAAUUGGAACAUGGCUUUGAUCGCCGCUUUGUCUCCAUGUCUCGUAGUUUUGAAAAGGAUUAUCAAUUGGCGCUGUCGAGCAUCUUGUCAUACAUACUGUUGCCCGCAGAUGAAUUUUCCUCGAAGCUGUCGCGAUUUUUGAUCAGGGAUAUUCUGGCAGCAGAAGUUAUUGGUCAGACUGUAGAUUUACUAUCAAAUCCGGAUUACGUGGUCGAAAUACUUCUUUGGCUGUUAAACGACGUGCCCCUUAAGUACGAAGAUUUUCUGACCGUUUUGGAGACCUGUGACAGCACUGACGAAUUGUCAGCUACCAUAGAAAUCCUACAGAAGGAGAUCGACGUCCAGCGCUCGAAAGAUAUUGGCGGAACCGACGGCCGUGCCGUGAAGCAGCAAUUGAGCAGUUUAUAUUUUCUUAAAAAGCAGAUUGCAAAUCGUCUAAAUGCGUUGCAAACUUCGGAUGCCGCUAUUGACGAGUCAGACUCUAGUUGGAGCGAAUGUGCGAACUUGUACGAUUUGUCGCUGACGUUUGUCCUGUGCAACAACGUCGCUUUAUGUCAUUUCAUAGAUUUUCUUUGUCGAACCGAUGGCAAGCAUUAUAUCGACUUAUUUCUUACCAUUGAGGGCUUCAAAACCAGUUUUGGGCAGCCAUCAACUUCAGGCUACAACGUUCUGCCCUCCCACGGCGUAGCAUAUGAUAGGCGCAAAGAGACGGUGUCCAAUGCUCGGGAAGUUGCGUCGGAACUGUAUAAGCAGUUUUUUUCUGAACAAACGUGCCAAGUUGUCGACAUAAGCGAUGCCAUGAAGAAGCGUUUACAGAACAACAUCCAAGAGCGGUAUGACGUAAAUCACUGGUUCGAUGAAGUGCAAAAGAAAAUUUUUGACAUCCUGGAAUAUGACCCGCGUUUCUAUCCGGCGUUCAAACGAAGUUACGCUUACGUGAAGCUCUUAGCUGAGCUAAGGUUGCUGCCGACAGUGUACGAAAAGAUGGACAGUACGUUUUGUCCCAGUGAAGAAGGCAUUGGCAAUGUGCAGUCGUCUCUCUUCGCCGUUUACCAUGUGAGUGUCGAGAAGCUGAACAGCAGACAUGAGUGCGUGUUGCAGUGGACGGUGAACAGGAGAUAUUCUGACUUCUCUCAGUUCAAUACCAUAAUCAGACAGAAGUUCCCGUCUCUGGCUAAACUCAGUUUUCCUGCAAAAAGGGUUUUCAGAAAUCUCAGCUAUGAUUUUCUUGAAAAGCGGAAACGAGCUCUGGAGAGCUAUUUGCGUAUGCUGCUAAAUCCUGAUCUUGUGAGAAAGUACACUGGUCUUGAGGAUGUGGUUCUCGACUUUCUCUCCAGAAAGAAAUUACUGGUCGAAAACGCUACGCUGAGUGAUAAGAUAACAUCUGUCGUCGAGCCGAUUCGCACCGGAGUGAAGAGCAUUGGCAACGCUGUCAUCGCUGUACCGGAUGCACUUUUUGAUGGCGUGAUUCGAGUCAGUGAUGAAAUUGGAAAGGCGACAAGGUCCAUGCUGGGGGUUAAUUCGGCGCAGAAGGUAAAUGGCGACGGGCGUGCCGGUGGUCGAGUAGCAGACGUGUUGAACGUUGAGCGCUCAGACGAGGUUCCUUUCAGGAUCUUGUUGUUAUGCUUGGACGAGAUAUUUUCUCUGCGGGAAAAGAACCAGUGGAUUCGUCGGCGAAUGGUCGAAUUCGUUCGCCAGUUCGUACACGGCGCAUUCGGCUCCAGUUUUAACCGACGCAUCGUCGAGUUUGUGACAUGGAUGACCAGCGAGGAUCAGGUUGCCUCUUGCAUCAAAACUUUCAGAAACAGCUACAUGGCCAACGGGACAUUCUCUUCGUACAGCCCUCCUCGACCGACGAACGCACUGCUGCGAUCUCGUCUGAUUGCCAAAGGCAAAUUGCUGACCUUCAUUCCC